GGCUUUGAUGAUGAUGAAACAUCACUGUCGACAGCAACGACUCCUUCGCUGCCCAUAGACUUGGAACCAAAAUUUGAGACAUGCUUUUGCUGUGCGACGCAUGCCGUUGCGCCACCUGAUGUGGCCAUGGAUGAUCCAAAGUUCUGCUUUGCAAUGCCCGUGCACAUUACCCAGGCAUCACCGGAGCGCAAUCGGCAAAGUGCAAGACGUGCUCAGGAUCCAAUUUCACCUCGCAUCCAGAAGCAGAUUAGUUUGUUUGAAGGUGCUGGCAUCAGCGUGGAAGCCAGCGUACUGCAUGCCUCGAUCAACUUGCCGGCGGCAGCACAGCAAUUACGUCAGGAUGCGCGUUUACGUAAAUUUGAAAAUUUAACGCAGUCCACUUCCAAUUCCAAUUUCCCUUUUGAGAGCAACACACUUAAACGUGUUCCGUUGGUCAGAACUAAAGAUGAUUAUGCGAAUGUUUCGCAUACACAAAGCUGUAUCAACUUGAAGAGUAGUGGUGGAGCCGGCUCCGAGUCUGCUUCCCUCAGUUGUGGCUCGCCGAAACAUAAGCCCGAUGCUACACUAUUAAUAGAACGACAGGAAAUACCAAUUGGCGGGUGUCAAAAAGCUGGCCCGGCAAAUUAUAAUCCCUUGCCCAAUGCACUGUCCGUUUGCUGUUCUCUGGACUUGGAUGCUGGAUGCAGAACAUCGACUCCAAAUACUUCGGGGACUAUGGCGGCACCACAUCCAGGCGCCUUAAUUGUUAAAGAGCGCUUUAUUGAGCCCCCCAAGAGGGGAGUUGUGCAUGGCUAUCACGGCAAAACGCAGUCCAUGGACGCCGACUUUCUGUUUAACGAGUUUUUAUUGCUGCCUGCAGCUGUAUCGCCAAUAGAUAUGACACAGGAGGCGAACCUAGAGACGUCGGAGUGA